AUGAUUGAGGAGGUGAAGGUCAGCGGCAGCGGCUACCAACUGGUGGCGCAGCUUUUCGCGUUGCAGCCCGGCUGUGCGACGCAACAGCGCCUCAAGCCUGUCCAGGUGGCCUUUCACGCCCGAUUGCCGCGCACUGCUGCUCAGAGAGGUCUGUCGGACGGCAGCGGUGGUGGUGGCAGAGCUGGUGGUGUUGUUGGCACGGCGUUUGCGCGCAGGGACUGUGGCAUACGUACUUAUUCGGCGCAUGGCAGAUCCGCGAGCUUGUACUGCUCGCACUCAUUAUCACCCGAACACUUUUUCUUGCGCUUUUUGCACAUGAGGCUGCGUCCGAAUCAGCAUUUACUAGACUAA